AUGAAAAAAUUUAAGAGAAGGUUAUCCCUCACACUUCGAGGAAGCCAGACUAUUGAUGAAUCAUUGUCUGAAUUGGCUGAACAAAUGACUAUUGAAGAAAAUAGCAGCAAGGAUAAUGAGCCUAUUGUGAAGAAUGGCAGGCCUCCAACCUCUCACAGCAUGCAUUCCUUCCUACACCAGUACACAGGGUCCUUCAAGAAGCCCCCAUUGCGGAGACCACAUAGUGUUAUUGGAGGAAGCCUUGGCUCCUUCAUGGCAAUGCCCAGAAAUGGAAGCAGAUUAGAUAUUGUUCAUGAAAAUCUAAAAAUGGGAUCAGAUGGUGAGAGUGACCAAGCUUCUGGGACCUCAUCUGAUGAAGUCCAGUCACCUACAGGUGUUUGUCUUAGAAAUCGUAUACAUAGACGGAUCUCAAUGGAGGAUUUAAAUAAACGGUUAUCACUGCCUGCAGAUAUCAGAAUACCUGAUGGAUAUCUUGAGAAGUUUCAGAUAAACAGUCCACCAUUUGACCAACCAAUGAGCCGAAGAUCUCGUAGAGCUUCCUUAUCAGAAAUUGGGUUUGGGAAAAUGGAAACUUACAUCAAAUUGGAGAAGCUUGGAGAGGGUACAUAUGCUACAGUAUAUAAAGGAAGAAGUAAAUUGACAGAGAAUUUGGUGGCAUUAAAAGAGAUCCGAUUGGAACAUGAAGAAGGUGCACCCUGCACAGCUAUAAGAGAAGUUUCACUGUUAAAGGAUCUAAAACAUGCAAAUAUAGUUACCUUACAUGACAUUGUUCACACAGAUAAAUCCUUGACUCUGGUCUUCGAAUAUCUGGAUAAAGACCUAAAACAGUACAUGGAUGACUGUGGAAACAUCAUGAGUAUGCACAAUGUAAAGCUGUUUUUAUACCAAAUUCUACGUGGUUUGGCAUAUUGCCACAGAAGGAAAGUGUUGCACCGAGACUUGAAACCACAGAACCUCCUCAUAAAUGAAAAAGGAGAACUAAAGCUAGCUGAUUUUGGACUAGCCAGGGCCAAGUCAGUUCCCACAAAGACCUACUCAAAUGAAGUUGUCACACUAUGGUACCGGCCACCUGAUGUGCUUCUUGGUUCCUCAGAGUAUUCAACACAGAUUGACAUGUGGGGUGUUGGUUGCAUUUUCUUUGAAAUGGCUUCUGGAAGACCUCUAUUUCCAGGAUCAACUGUGGAAGAUGAACUGCACUUAAUUUUCCGACUGCUAGGGACUCCAUCUCAGGAAACUUGGCCAGGUGUUUCUUCAAAUGAUGAGUUCAAGAACUAUAACUUCCCAAAAUAUAAACCACAGCCUCUAAUUAACCAUGCACCCAGGUUAGACUCAGAAGGAAUCGAAUUGAUAACAAAAUUUCUUCAGUAUGAAUCGAAGAAAAGGGUUUCAGCAGAAGAGGCUAUGAAACAUGUGUACUUUCGAAGUCUGGGACCAAGAAUACAUGCUUUGCCUGAAAGUGUAUCAAUAUUCAGUUUGAAAGAGAUUCAGUUGCAAAAGGACCCGGGUUUUCGAAAUUCUUCUUAUCCAGAGACAGGACAUGGGAAGAACAGAAGACAGAGCAUGCUCUUUUAA